UUCCCAUAUUGCUCUCACAUUUAUUGCCUUAUUCACUGUUCAAUGUUUCCUUCUCUUCUUUACUCUCUCAAAAACCUAACCGGCGAUUUCGAAUCUUCUUCUUCUUCUUAAGAAGAUAUCACACCAUAUAUUCUCAUUCUUUUUUCCCCUCUCUCUCAAAAGAAAAAAAAAAAAGAGACAAUGAAGCGAUGGACAAACUUAGGGUUUGUAGAUACGAUCUAUGAAGAAGAAGAUUACGUCGACCACUCUAAUUCUUCUUUCUCUUCUUCUUCAUCAUCUUUGUCUCUUUCUCCUCAUCAUCAUCAACGACGUAUCAAUCUCUCUUCUUCUCCUUCCAUGGAGGUUGAUUCUAGAGUCCAUAAAUGGUCGUUGGCUAAUAACUCAAAACCUGAUGUGUUCGUAAAUGUGGGAGGCACAAGGUUCCAUCUUCACAAGGAUCCUCUGUCAACAAGGAGUGGCUAUUUAAAACGCCACCUAACGGGCGUUAAAGAAUUAACUCUCUCACCGCCGUUAAACAUAACGGCUGAAACGUUCUCGUUAGUUGCCAGUUUCUGUUACGGCGCUCACGUUGAACUAACGCCGUUCAAUGUCGUUUCGUUGAGAGUCGCCGUCGAGCUUCUUCAUAUGACGACGGGAGCUGGAGGAGGAGACGGCGGAGGAAGAGAGAGUCUGAGGAACUUGACCGAGUCUUAUCUCCGACGAGUCGUCUUCGUCAACGUUGAUUACAUCCAGAUCGUUCUCCGCUCGUGUCUUCUCCAGCUUCCGGAGUCUGAAACGUCGGUGUUUUUGGUCGGACGGUGCGUCGAAGCCUUGACGGAAAUCGGAGACGGUGACUGCGUUAACGAGUUUCUCGAGGAAGCCGUAAGUCUUCCCGCCGGCGAUUUUAGCAUCGUCGCCGACGCCGUGCAGCAGCGGUUCCCGCGUCACGAUUUGCUCUACAGAAUCGUUGAUGCUUAUGUUAAGGAACAUGACGGAGAGAUAACGGAGGAAGAGAAGGUUCGAAUAUGUAAUUCGAUAGACUGUGACAAACUCUCGCCGCCGUUACUACUUCACUCUGUUCAAAACCCGAAAAUGCCCCUGAGGUUUAUCGUACGGGCGAUGCUGCAAGAGCAGCUAAACACGCGCCACUCGAUCAUGGCUGCUGCUGCGGUCGCCUCUACUGCUCCACCUGUUGGAGGCCGACACCGAGAUAUUGCGGAUGCGAGAGACUCCUCCGUGACGCUCGGUUCGCUUCUGCAACGAGACACGGCAGCGAGGCAGAACUGUCGGCUCAGAGCUGCAAUGAAUUCAACGAGCUCGAGGAUCGAGAGCUUGGAGAAAGAGCUCGACGCAAUGAAGAUAUUCUUAUCGAAAGAAUCAGAGAAGCAGAAAUCGGAACGGAUCAUCAUCGAGUCGAGGUCAAGAAGCGUGAUGGAUUCUACUCGAUCAGCUAGUUUCCAUUGCGUACAACAACCGAGUAACGUAAACAAGACGCAUAGAGGCGAGAGAGGAUCGGUUUCAAACCUGAGCACGACGUUCCAACGAAGAAGAGCAUCUCCGCAUCAACCACAACCGCAGAAAAGUCUCCGAAAAAGACUGAUCAAAGGAAUAAAGAAUGCUUUCUCUACUACAUCUAACAAACAAGGAGCCAAGAAAAAUGAAUAUGCAGUCGAGGAGAUUUAUGAUGGGUUAGAAGAUUUCGUCUGGAUCAAAGACGAUGAUGAUGAUGACAACAUCUCUGAAGAACUUCACUCUCACUACAUCAAGAACAAAUAAUCUCUUUACUCUACUCUACAUAACAAAAAAAUUCCGUAACACUUCUUUCACUAAAAGUUUUGUAGCCAAGAAGUGAAUGGUUCUAUGUUUCUUCUUUGAUUAAUGAGACUCCAAAACUAAUAAUAAGUUCAAAAGAAGAAA